AUGAUGAGACAUUUCUCAGAGAUGAAAGGUAGAGAGAGAUGGAGAGAGAAGGGAAAGGAGAAGGAACAACGCUUGACAGGUUGGAUCACCCAGGGCGCCAAGGGUGGAAGGGCAACUGGAAUAUCGGGGAGAAGACGUUCAGAACCACAACCAUCAGGAGGAGAUAUCACCAGCUACUACUUCUCUAACUUCCCGGAGAAUUUUACAGAGAAAAACAUGUGGGAGAUAUUUCAAAGAUAUGAUCGGGUGUGGGAGGUCUUCAUAGCCCCUAGAAGAGAUAAGAAAGGAAAACGGUUCGGGUUUGUUAGAUUUAUCAAUGUAAAGAACCCUGCUCGUUUGGAACGGGACCUCGACACCAUUAUAAUUGGAUGCACGAAAAUGCAUGUCAAUUUUCCCAGAUUUUACAAGCCUUCGGACAGAGAGAGGCCUCCAUUACCUCGCCAACCUGAACCUGUUCAGAGGAAGGUUCCUAGAAUAGAAACCAUUCCUCAUGUGACUGCCAAAACUAAGACUGCACCACAACUGAACAACAUGAGGAGGUCCUUCGUGGAAGUUGUAACGUCGGAACCGGGGACAUGUCGUGAAGACAUGCGAGUUGAUCAUGAUGGCAAAUCACCAACAUCUUACUCGGUUGAGGUGUGGAAGGGACCUGUCAACCAAGUAGUACCUGACUGGCUAAGUCGGAGUGUUGUUGGGGUGGUGCGCGACCUGGAGCUGAUCCCUCACCUUCAGAAUGCGGCCAUGCUCGAAGGAUUUCAUUAUAUCCAAGUGCGGUACAUGGGUGAUGACUCGGUUCUGCUAACUGGACCAGAAGGUUUUGAUCUGGAGGACGCCCUGAAGGGCGUAGCAGACGGUCCAGAUGCGGUAUUCGACGUCGUUUACCCUUGGUCACCAAAGGAUGCGCCUGAUCACAGGGUUUCCUGGGUCAGGUGCACUGGGCUCCCUCUCCACAUGUGGAACAAAGCUUGCUUUACAGAAGCAGUUAAACCAAUUGGUGAUCUUAUUUCUGUCGAUACCUCUACCUCAGAUUUCACCUUCCUGGAGUACGCAAGGAUUCUGGUUCGAACUAAUAUCCCACAUCAGGUUUCACAUUACAGGCGAGUGAAUGUCCAAGGAACUGUCUACAACAUAAGGCUCAUGGAGGAAUUUUGUGAAUCACCUGCUCACAAAUGUGGCAUCAACCAGGAAUAUCUGGAUGAGGAUGAGGAUGAUGUUGAUGAGGAUGGACAGAGUAGCCCGGACUGGUCGGUUCAUGUUGUUGCUCAACACAUUGCUUCCCUGGAAAUUUGGUUGAUGAAGAUGACUUCAGUUCCUUGCCUGAAACCCAGAUUCCGGUGCCUGGCGAGGCGGCGAUAG